UGAUCAAAACAAGGCAGCUUAAAGGAAGCUAGUUCAUCUUUCUGUACCUAGCAGCACAGUUUGAACACUGAUGGAAAAACUGUCAGAACAAUUCUACCUAUUUGUUAUAAAGUUGCAGUAUCCAGGGAGAGGAAAAUGAAUAGAACCCACCCUCAGAAUGUUGAUGCAACUUCAUUUGGUUCAACAACAUCGUUCUUCACUGGUCAAAAAGGUCUCUGCAAAGACUGUUCUGUGUGCUUCCCUUGCACUCGGAGGUGUGUCUGUGUGGCUGCCAUUGUUCUAUGUAUUCUUGGUGUCAUAGCUGCUAUCAUUGCAUUGGUUGUCACAGUUGGGACCCCACCACAUACACCAGUGAAUCGCUUAUGUAUUACUACCAAUAACCAGACAGGCUUUUUAUGCGACAACAGAAAGGACUGCAUUCCAGCCAGCCAGGUCUGUGACACAAGAAGAAACUGUGCAAAUGGGGAGGAUGAACAAGAGACACUCUGUAGUGAUUUGCCCAACAGCCUUCCAGCAUAUUUGAUAUUUCACUGUGGCAAUCCCAGCUUCUGGAUUUAUGCCGACAAAAGAUGCAAUGGGAUCAAUGACUGUGGAGACUGUUCUGAUGAAAUAGGGUCUUGGGCCAGUUGUCCUCCUUGUGGGCCUCAGCAGUGGAGCUGCACCAAGGUAGUCUUCUAUAUAUAUUGUUCCUGCAUUCCCAGAAGUCUUUGCCGAGAUGGAAUACAACACUGCUUUGACUGGUCUGAUGAAUAUGUCUGCACAAGAUGAGCAGUCCAGGACUGAAAACCCUCAGAAAAGGAAGCAGCCCAUCACGUAUGGCAGCUGCACAGUCUCCAUUCAGUUCAGAGGGACUUGAGCUGGAUGUUCUACGUAGUGUUUGAUGCACUGCUGCCCAAAUCGCUAUUCUUCAUCUUGAGCUCCAGAGGGCCUAUUUAUAAACUUCAGUGGAAACCUACUUAAACAGACUUGAUGAAAAAGAAACUUAAGUUUCAUGCAUAGUUAUUCCAGUUGUAUGUGACAUUUUGCUUGAUGACCAGAAUGUAAAAAAGGGGGUUUAAAAGGAUGGGACCUCGAGCAAUAUCCCUUCACUCAGUUACCACCUAAUACUAUGAGUGACUGCAGAAAGUCUAAGCAGGGUCCACCCUGGUUUGCAUUUGAAUGGGAGACAUGUAUGAGCACUUUAAGAUAUUCCCCUUAGGGGAUGUGGGGGCCACUCUGGGAAGAGCAUCUGCCUGCUUGCAUGCAGAAGGUACCAAGUUCCCUCCCUGGCAUCUCCAAGAUAAGGCUGACUCCUGCCUGCAGCAGUGGAGAAGUCUCUACCAGUGUGUAGACAAAACUGAGCUAGAUGGACCAAUGGUCUGACUCAGUAUAAGGCAGCUUCCUAUGUUCCUGUGUAAGGUAGCAACUGGACCAAUACUUGCAGGGAUGCAAGCUAGUUGGAAUAUUAUUACUAGUUGGCAUUUUGAGGUCAGUGAUGGCCUGCUCUUUGCUAUGUAGACUUUUUAAAAAAUGUCUG